GCGCUCUUUUACAUAUUACUUACACUUAUAUUUAAACAGUAGCUAAUUCCACCCUCUCACGAUGUGCACAGCUAUGGAAGACCUGUCUUUGCGCACGUGUUUUCGCUAUAGUAUGUGUUGCAUCAGCCCUUACAGCGCUUGAGCAGCAGGCUGCUCCGACAUAUCAAAUUAUCCGUAGGCGUACUCAUAUUGGACGCUGAAAUUCCAUAGAAAUAAUCAAAUGUGGUUGAAACGUCACAUAAACUCCACUGUGUUGACUCUAUCCACACUUAUUGGUAAGUAAGUCCCUUGACGAGCAUGUAGACAUAUGUAACAGAGUCUGUUAAUAAUUUCAAAUUCCACUCUAUAUGAGGGAGCCAUUAAGCACAUUCAGAAGCUUGAGUAUGCUAGGCGUUGAAGAUCGCGGAAUUCACGUACAAUGCAAAUUACUUCUGGCGGCAUCACUGUUGAUCCGCAUGUCUGCGAAAUACACGGUUAAUAGGUGUCGUAAAAUGGCCAUAGCGCUGCUGAGUGGUAAAAAUUUCGGGGUGGUGGUAUAAACUGGACAAUAAUCUGUUGGGUCGUUAGGAAUGUCGUUCAUCCGUGUUGUUUUAAUUUCAAGCUCUUAUUUUCAAAGCUUAUGAACGAUCUUUAAACCAAGCGCAAAAAGGUGUUCUUUCUGUUCAAACCAAAAUUCUCGGUGUCUUGUAAACCCGAUAUAUCAGUAGAUUAGAGACGAUUGAUUACUAUAAUGGCGCUGCUGCGGAAUAUCCAAUUCUGCAACAUAGAGUCGCA